AUGGUAACUGCUGAACAUUCCUCUAUUAACGUACACGCAGAACUCCCCCAGCAUGAUGUCACUGCCAAGUACCAGUUCUCUGUCCAGAGACCUGAUUCAGAAGAGGCUCGUUUCAGCACCAUGGAGAGCGCACCGCCUCAGCUCCUCACACCAAAACACAAACACACGGCGGCAUGUUCACUGACAGAGGCAGAUCUACCGCCGCUCGGUGAGACCCGCGCGCUGAAAUGUGUCACGGGGAAAUCACGUCUGAUGAGAGUGAAGCGUCUCCAGAUUUACGGCGUCUCCACUGAACACCUGCGGAUUCGCGCACAGGACGCGCGCGCCCGCCUCUGGUGCGGAGGCAGAACUUUGCGCAGUCACCUGCUGCAGCAGCGCACCGAGCUCCACAAACAGAGGGUACCCGAGGAGAGCCGAGGGGAGCCGGGGAGACCCGACCUGCCCCCGCCUAAUCCCGUGAGGACUGUACGGCUCUGUACGGCUCUGUACGGCUCUGCACGGCUCUGUCUGCUCCUGUCACCGCGAGGAGAGCCGCUGGAGGCGAGUGCAAUUUUUUGGGCGAAAAAUCCUCGCCUUCGGCGACAUUUGAGAAGAACCUACGCAGACGACGAUGGACGUGACGAAGUGAAGAGAUUUACGGUGAAAAAGAAAACAGACCUUCGCCAAAAUUACGACGGGAAUCAAAUACAACUCGCUGUCUCCCGGAGACGGGAGAGCCCCCCGGCCGCCAGCCAUGAGGCGCGGGAAGGAGACCAAGGACAGCGUGUCUCUGCUGCCCUGCUUCUACUUUGUGGAGCCCCCAGUGUGGAUGUCAUCAUUGAUAUAGAUCCUGUUUGCAAUGGGUUCAUUCAAAUAAGUGACACCCAAAGACCAGAGCGCUCAGACAGAACCCCUCCAGAGCCUCUGAUAAACCACGAGACUAUGCAGCCUGCUCCACUGGACCUCAGCAUUAAUAUGGACUUUAUGGACCCAGAAGAAGCCCAUGCAGAUACACAUGUGUCCAUCAACAUUCCUGAGGACGCCCCCUCACAUACCCCCCCGAUCACUCUGCGGGUCAAGACGAGAGACCACUCUCUCCCCCUCAAGACUCUGUGGGCCCAGAGGAGAGCUCAGACCUUGAGCGCUCUGGUGGCUCUGGUUGGGGGCUGUCUCCCCAUCCUGGCCUCUUCGGUGGUCAGCCUGUACUUCCUGGAGCUGACGGACAUCUUCGAGCCGGUGCAUUCUGGGUACUCGUGCAGUGACCGCAGCCUGUCCCUGCCCUACGUGGAGCCCAAGCAGGAGGUGUGCCCGCUGCCCCUGCUCUUCAGCCUGGCCUUCGCCGCACCCACCGUCACCAUCCUGAUCGGAGAGGCCAUCUUGUACUGUUACCUGUCCCGAAGGUCCUCCUCCGCUCACACUGAGGCCAACAUCAACGCUGCGGGCUGCAACUUCAACUCUUACAUCCGACGAGCUGUGCGCUUCAUCGGCGUGCACAUCUUCGGCCUGUGUGUGACGGCUCUGAUCACGGACAUCCUGCAGCUCUCCACAGGACUGCAUGCCCCCUACUGGCUGGAGGUGUGCAAGCCCAACCUGACCCAGCUGAACAUGAGCAGCUGCGAGGAGGGCUUCAUCCUGGAGGACAUCUGCUCGGGACAGGACCAGGGGCUCAUCACCGCGGGGAGGAAGUCCUUUCCGUCCCAGCACGCCACCCUGGCUGCCUUCGCUGCCGUCUAUAUCUCUAUGUACUUCAACACGGUGCUCACAGACUCGGCGAAGCUCCUGAAGCCUCUCCUCGUCUUCUCCUUCGUCAUGCUGGCCGUGCUCGCAGGUCUGACCCGCCUCAUCCAGUUCAGGAACCACCCCGUGGAUGUGUACUGCGGCUGGCUCCUGGGGGCCGCCAUCGCCGUCUAUCUGGGCGUGUAUGCGGUGGGGAACUUCCAGCCGAGUCAAGACCGCUCCAGAUGCCGACCCUCUCUGCCCAUUCUGAGAGAGCCCCCCCUCUCCUCCCUACCCAACGUCAGCCAGUCAGCCAUGAGCAACAGUCACCCGGUCCACCACACUUUGGUCCCCAGCCAAACAGAGCCCAUCAUUACCCGGACCUCCUCUCACACCCUGAUCCCCAACUCAGAGCUGCCCAUCCUGACCCGGAGCGCCUCGUACCGGGAACCCUCCAUGAACAUGAAGAGGGCCAGUGCCGAGGUGGAGGUCAUCUCUCCCCCCAGUCCCCUCGGCAAUCGUGACAACAUGAGCACGUUCAACAGCAGCACUCUGCCCAGAUCUCACGGGGGCUCGUCUAUGGAGGAUGGCCGGGUUCCUCGCCGUCAUGCCUCCAUCCACGCCUCCAUGGACUCCACGCGCUCCAAGCAGCUGCUCAGCCAGUGGAAGAACAAGAACGACAACCGAAAGCUGUCCCUGCAGGUGAUGGACGGGAUCAGACCGGCGCCCUGCUCCAGUCCUCAGAGGAGCCAAGAAAUGCGCUGCGCCUCAGAGCCCUCACCCAUGGGCCUGGAGGCGGAGCUGCGCGCCAUGACCCACCUCCCGGCCAUGAGCAGCCAGGAGGCGGAGCUGCGUGCAGGGGCCCACAUACCUGCGCAGUACAUGAAGCUCGCGGCCAGCUCCGUCCCCAUGACCAAUCACAACCACCACAGCCACAACGGGGGCGCAGGCAUGGGGGGAGGAGCCAGGGUGUCCAUCCAGUCACGGCCCGGCUCGUCGCAGCUCGUGCACAUCCCAGAAGAGGACAACUCCAACAGUAAAGACCAGGAGAGCGAGUCGGAGGACAGCAUGAUGGACGGAGGGGGCUCGGUCAGGGAGAAGUGGCUCCGUGUGGCAGAGAAGACCACGCUGCCCUGUCGCCCGCUCAGCGCCGGGGGGCAGCCAAGACUCAUGCAGGUAAUAGCUCUGUCCAAGCAGCAGGGUCUCCUCCAUUCCCCUCGCUCUGAGGAUGGGGGCAGCAGUCUCAGCUGCACCGGCUCCAUCCGCUACAGAGCCCUGACCGACCAGGACCCGUCCCCACCCGCCUCCACUACCGGAGUUGUCGGAGGAGGUGGUUUGGAAAGAACCGGCAGUAUCGUCCGCGUGGAGGCACACCCAGAGUCCAAGUCCAACAAGCCUGUGGUGAAGCCCCCGAGCACGGACGGCAGUGGCUCAUGGCGCUGGAAACCUCCGGAGCAGCGUCCCUCUCUGCGCCAGUCUGCCUUCAACCUGAACGAGCUGGGGCGCCACGGGGACAGCUGCGAUUCCGGACCCCCGGACGGCCGCCGCAGCGUCAUCGGCAACGAGAUCGAGGUGGAGUCGGGUCCAGAUGGCGGCGGAGGGGGCGGGGCUUACCAGAACCACCCACACGUCAUGCAUCCGCUUCACCCUCUGCACCCGAACAACAAUCCCAACUACCAGCACCAGAACAAUCCCAACUACCAGCAUCAGAGCAACCCCAUUUUCCCGCCGAAUAAUCCCGCCGGUAACUCCCACGGCAGCUUCCCCCCGAGCUCGCCCAACCCCAACACCCCGAUCCCGCCCCCCGCAGCCUUCGCCCCGCCCUUCCACCCCCACCCGCAGGCCAUCACCACCAUCCGAGUCACCCCCGUGGAAGGAACGGCGGCAAGCAGCGACGGGGGCUCCGACAGUCAGUCCGUGGCGUCGUCGAGCCGCGAGUCCACCCUGAACAGAGACAACGGCAGCAGCGGUCAGCCGGAAAGAGGGCCCACACCCGAUCUCCACCCCAACCACAGGAUCCCGGAGGAGAACAACCAGCUGGAGAGAGAGAGCAGCGUGCGAUUCCAGGAAAACCUACGGAAUUUCCAGGAGAGCACCAGCCACCACGCUAUAGUCAACCGCCAGCUCCAAGGCAUGUUCCAGAGGCCGAGUCCAACACCGCCCCCGACUCUGCCUCGACCAAUCCUGACCCACACCCCGCCCCCCACUCUGGGACUGGCCUAUAAGGAGUAA